UGAGCCACUCUCAGUCAGUCAGUCAGUCAGUCCCGAGCCUGAAACAGUCGAGCCGUAGCGACCCGUCACAUAACAUGACAACAAUAUAACGUGCCAUUCUGUGAACAAAACCGCCUGUUUGGAAGUAUUUAUACGCUUAGUGGACAUAAAGGACGGCAUAUGUGACUACAGAGUGUAUAGGUGUGGUGGACCUACUGCAGGGUGAUAAAGGGAACAGAGCUGUGGUUCGCUCCUGUCACAGCAUUUAGUAAGGCCAAGGAGUGACAGACCUUUAGCAUUCAGAGGACGAGAGGAAGCAGACAAGCCAGCACUGACGACAGAGGACACCCUGCUACACUCUGGAGUUCUUAUUCUGGGCUGACUGGCAAACACGGGUGUGGCUCAGUGUCUGGAGCCGCUGCUGACCUCAGCCCUGCUGUCAUGGCCUCAGCCCUCACACCAUGCAGAAAGCACCCCUCCUAACCCUCAUACCUCACACACACUUGCACCACACACCACCACACAUGCGCGCAGCCAUGAUGACCACCUCCCACAUGAACGGAUAUGUGACCGAGUCAGAUGGCGGGGGAGGUACUGACAUCGUGGAAGAGGGGGUGCAGAGGCACAGGGAGAUGGCGGUGGACUGCCCAAGUGAGCUGGGUGCCCGCACCCUGCCCGUCAGACGCAGCGCUCAGCUGGAAAAGAUCCGCCAGCAGCAGGAGGACCGCAGAAGACGAGAGGAGGAGGGCCGCAGCCGGCAGGAGCUUGACCUCAACUCGUCCAUGCGCCUCAAGAAACUCUCCCAGAACCCAAAAGUGGGCAUCGAUAACCCCACCUUUGAGCAAAUGGAAGGUCCUGGUGGCUCCGCAGGUGGUCUUCAGAGCCUCAUCGCACCACCAGCUUUACUAGAGCUGGAGGACCUGUUGAUGUCCCUUAAGCAGGUGCAGCAUAAUUUGAAUGACUCUCAAAGUCAAGAGGACGUGGAGCUGGUUCUACAGCUGGUCCAGAAGCCUGACUUCCAGAAAGCCUUCAGCAUUCACAACUCUGUGGCCCACUAUAUGAACCGGCCCAGCCCCCCCUACCCCCUGACGGAUCACGCACAGACCCUGGCUCAAGAGGUGGAGGUCAUGGUGCAAAACAGCUCACACAAGGAAGGACUUGAGCUAAGCAGCCUGCUCUCAACGUCCCACAUGCAGGCGCUCAUGAUGGCACAUGACAGCGUGGCUGAACAAGAGAUGCAGCUGGAGCCUCUUGUUCCUUCUGUCAAUGCAAGCGAGACUCUCACCCAGUGGGGAGGAGAGACUGUCAAAAUUGUACGGAUUGAAAAAGCCAAGGACAUCCCAUUGGGAGCGACUGUUAGAAAUGAUAUGGACAGUGUGGUCAUCAGCCGGAUUGUUAAAGGGGGGGCGGCAGAACGCAGCGGCCUGCUACACGAAGGAGACGAGAUCCUGGAGAUCAACGGUGUGGAAAUCCGUGGCAAAGAUGUCAACGAAGUCUUCGACAUCCUGGCGGACAUGCAUGGUGUACUGUCUUUUGUUCUCAUCCCCAGCGCACAGAUCAAAUCUCCUCCUAUUAAAGAGACUGUGGUACAUGUGAAGGCACAUUUUGACUAUGACCCCUCAGAUGACCCAUAUGUGCCAUGCCGAGAGCUCGGCCUGUGCUUUCAGAAGGGGGAUAUACUCCACAUAAUCAGCCAAGACGACCCCAACUGGUGGCAGGCCUACAGAGAUGGGGAUGAAGACAACCAGCCUCUUGCUGGCCUCGUCCCUGGCAAAAGUUUUCAGCAGCAGAGGGAGGCAAUGAAGCAAACCAUAGAAGAGGAUAAAGAGCCUGAAAAAUCAGGAAAGCUUUGGUGUGCUAAAAAGACCAAGAAGAAGCGGAAGAAGAUGCAAUACAAUGCUAACAAAAAUGAUGACUUUGAUAAUGAGGAGAUUCUCACAUAUGAAGAAAUGGCACUUUACCACCAACCAGCCAAUCGUAAGCGGCCCAUCGCACUAAUCGGCCCACCGAACUGUGGGCAAAAUGAGCUCAGACAAAGACUCCUCUCCACUGAGCCGGACAGGUUUGCUGGACCUGUUCCUCACACCACACGGAGUCGACGUGACGCUGAGGCGAACGGCCGUGACUACCACUUUGUGUCCCGCCAGGCCUUCGAGAUGGACUCUGCAGCAGGGAAAUUCAUAGAGUCCGGAGAGUUUGAAAAGAACUUUUACGGCACCAGCACAGACUCUGUCCGACAAGUCAUCAACACAGGCAAAAUCUGCCUCCUGUGCGUACACACCCAGUCUUUGAAGGUGUUGCGCAGCUCGGACCUCAAGCCCUACAUCAUCUUCAUCGCUCCUCCAUCCCAAGAGCGAUUGAGAGCCCUCUUAGCUAAAGACAACAAAAACCCAAAGCCCGAGGAGCUGCGAGACAUUAUCGAGAAGGCCCGAGAGAUGGAGCAGAACUACGGCCACCUGUUUGAUGCUGCCAUUGUGAACACCGACCUGGACAAAUCCUACCAGGAGCUGCUGCGUCUCAUCAAUAAACUAGACACUGAACCCCAGUGGGUCCCUUCAUCCUGGCUGCGCUGAGAUGGGUGAAAAUGAAGAGCACGUUGUUUAUCAAUGCUUUAGAAUGCCUCUGUUUUUCUUGUUUUCUUCUCCUCACUCAUAGAUAAGGACACUAUACGCGCCCUCAAGCCCGCACAGAAGUGUCUGUCUGCACUACACUGUCGGCAGGCUGAGGGAAUGAGAGUUUUAAUGUCAUAACUUGUGUUUUCGAGUCCGGUUAUCCACAUUCCAGUGAGAAAGUUACCAGCACUUGGUGCAGCAGUAGAAUUAGGGCUUCUAUACUGCUUUUGAUAACUAUUUAUGAUUGUAAAUAUUCUAUAUGUAUUUUUAAAGAUGGAUUUGGACAAAUGCAGAGGUGGGACAAGAUAGCUGGAAGUCAGCAUUUUUCAAGAGAUCUAUUCAGACUCCAGAACGGACAUUCGUACACUCUGUUCUCUUCUCUUUCAUCCUUAACCUCUACAAUGUUACAAGAACAUCCUGCGUCUGAACAACUCUUCCAGGACACUAAAUGGGAUGAAAGUGGAAGCGAGCGAUGCCUUUUUGUCCCUUCAGUGUUAUGGCGAAGCAGCACUGCGAUUGUGACAGAGUUUAAAUACGAAUAAACUUCAGGUUUUCUUCCAGAGUU